CAGUUGACAGUAACAUUUUGUAGGAAUGAAAAGUAAGGUUAUGUUAUGGUUUAACUAAAAUAUAAUUUUAUUUUUUAGAAAUUCUAACAUAAACUCAACAAAAUAAGUAUUAUUUAUAAAGGAUAUUAGUGUUAAUUGAAAUGUAUUCCAAUAUCGUUUUAUCGAGACAAUGGGCCCGCCUGGCUUGUGUUUGCCGAUACAUGUCAACUAUAGAAGGCCAGAAGCUUCCGCAGGCUGCUAGAUCAAGUGAUGGAAUUUCACCACCUCCGCGAAUCGCCAGAAGUCCCACCGAUAUUUUGCAGGCUUUAGCCGCUACCGUUGGCACUGACCCUUCUGCAGCACAUUAUAAAUAUCAUGAUGAUCCAUAUUUAAUACCUCAGUCAAAUUAUCGCAAGAGAUCUUAUGCUCUAUCAGCGGAGGCCGGAAGGAAAGCUGCUGCAUGGAUUAGAGAUGAGCAUGCAGAAUUGUUUACUAUGAGGGAAUGGGAUCCACCCAUGAAGAUGAAGACGCCAUACUUUAAUGCUGAUCCUCAGAUAGAAGCAUUUGCUCCUAAACCUAUUUAUAAUGAUGAAAGUAAGGUGACAGAAGAAGACUUGAGGUAUACAAUACAAAAUGCACUUCUAGAAGAUGCUAUUAAAGUAUUUGAGCUUCUUGGUGGGGUAGACAAUUUGAAUGAUGAGUUGAAGUUGUCUCUGCUGCAAUUGUUGUGCUUUUACAAUGAGAAGGAACCAGUCUCUUUGGAGUGGUUGGAGGAAAGAUGGUUCUCCGCUGCCACAAGGGAAAGACAAUCUACAACAUGGAAAUUAGGUGGGCUUGCUGAUAAAAUUUUCACAGCCAUGGAACCUAAGACGUCUGAAGCGUACUCCGCCAUAAUACAGGGAAUGGCUAAAUAUUAUCAAGCAGAAAGAGCCCAUGUUUUGGCCCAAGAAGCAAGAGAACAAGGCAUACCGUUGUCUACCACUGUUUAUAACUCUCUAUUGGGUUGUGUGGGAUUCCUUAAAGAAGGAGUCACUCUACGAGUUGAGGCACUAAAAAGUAUAUUGAAUGAAAUGAAUGAACAGGGAUUAUCACCAAACUCCGAGACCCUGUCCGCGUGUCUGAGGUCCAUAUCCUCGUGGGGCAGUGGCAAGGCGCUGCAGACAGUGGCCUUGCAGGUGGUGGCCGAGUGCAGGCAGUUGGGCAUCGCGCCCAGCCUCUCCGCUUAUUACUAUCUGCUGUGCUUGUUUUGCAAAGAACAGGGUCCACGUAUCGACAUCCUCACCAACAUUAUAGCAGACCUUGAGAAUAGGGAGUCAAUAGAAGCCACCCAAGCGACUGACACGAACUUCUUCAUCACUGCCAUGGGAGUUUGCAGUGACCAUUUACAGGAUGUAAAUCUAGCAGAACGUGUGCACGCUCUACUGAUGAAGGGCGACAACUAUAAGUUGGUAGGAGACGCGUAUAAGGAAAGCAUUUACUACCGGCACCUUGUCACCGUUACUUGCAAAUAUGCGCCAUUCGAGAAGACAACACAAUUGCUUGACACUCUAGUGCCCAACAUUUAUGUUCCAGAACCUUCUGUAAUGGAGGAGAUAAUAAGGACACUAGAAGUCGGAGGGGCAGGAGAUAGACUGGCAGACGCGUGGUCUCAACUGGUGGUGUUUGGACAUGCGAAGAGAACCAAACUUGUGGAGAAACUGCUCUCCGCCUUGUGCAACUGUUACACAUAUCAAGAUGACGAAGUGAAAGCUAAGAUACGUCAAGCAGCCGCAGAUAUCCUGAAAUUUGGACAACUCAUGGAGGAACGGGAAGAGAAUGAAGACCGCCGCUCGCCGACUCAAAAAUUGUCAGCAAGCGCUCUGUCAAACAUAGUGGAGCUAUGUUCGGACACGCAAGACAAGUUGGACCCCAACUGGAGUACGGUGGAGAACGCGGUACAGCGGCUAAGGGACGAGCAAGCCGCCGGAGUACCCGCCAGACCACAGAUACUGGCAGAUCUCGCACAGAAAGCUGCAACUGUUGGGAAACCUGAGUUGGCUGCUCUCGCUGUAACCUACUUAGCGGAAUGUGGGUUCGAAGAAGCUACUGCAGCCAGCGUACAAACGUUAGGCGUGAUGCUGAACCGACCUGUCGAGGAGGUGGAGACGUUACUACAAGAGCAGAAGGCAUCCCUCGCCACUUCUCUCCACCCUUCAGCGUUGGCAGUAGCUCAGGCGUACCACAUAGCCAAAACUGGAGCGCCUUUGCACGAAUCGGAGUCGUCGUCAGCAAGUUCGGAGAGCGACAGUGAAUCGUCAUCCGACGAUGAAUAGUCGAUACGUUAGUGAUAUUACUUAGUAUUAAUAAAUUGCAUUUAGUUAUAAA